AUGCUUCUGGCCUGUAGGAGUAUACGGAGGAGACCUAUUACUCUAGGUUCAUCUGCUUUCGUCCGCACAGCAGAUCGCCCGGCUGGACGACGGUUCAAUGGAACAGCCGCACCAAAUCAGACUUCAGAUCAUGUGAUCUUCUCUGGCAUUCAACCCACGGGGAUCCCUCAUCUUGGAAACUAUCUUGGUGCCCUACAACAAUGGGUGAAGCUUCAAGAAACGUCUCCAGCUACGACGAAAUUAAUUUAUUCAAUUGUGGAUUUACAUGCUAUCACCGUCCCUCAAGACCCUCAGCAGUUGAAGCGAUGGAAGAGAGAAGCCUUUGCAACACUUUUAGCCAUUGGGUUGAACCCUGAUCGUUCAAUUCUAUUCUUUCAGUCCUCCGUUCCCGCUCACUCAGAGCUCAUGUGGAUUCUCAGCACCACGGCUUCUAUGGGCUACCUAUCCCGCAUGACACAAUGGAAGAGCAAGCUUUCGUUACCUGAGGAUACAUCGCCUCUAGACGGUGGCAGCAAAUCAAAGCUGAAACUCGGCCUGUUCUCGUACCCAGUUCUUCAAGCUGCAGAUAUCCUGGUCCACAGAGCAACUCAUGUACCAGUAGGAGAAGACCAGAGUCAACAUCUGGAGUUCUCUCGUGAGUGCGUUACGAAUUUCAACCACGCUUAUGGUCCUCAUCUGGUGGCUCCGAAAACAAUUUUGUCACCGGCCAAGCGUGUGAUGUCUCUCCAAGAUCCUCAUCUUAAGAUGUCCAAAUCACAUUCCGAUCCCCGGUCCAGAAUCCUAAUCACAGAUAGCCCGGAACAAAUCCACAGCAAGAUCAUGUCUGCAUUGACGGACUCCACCAACUCAGUCUCAUAUGAUCCAGAGAAUCGACCAGCGGUCUCCAAUUUGCUGCAGUUGCUAUCCCAUUUUGACCCUCAGGGAAGAAGUCCCGAAGAGCUGGGCGUAGUGUAUGCAAAUCUCAAUCUACGCAAUUUUAAGACGACGUUAGCAGAAACGAUAUCGAGUCAGCUUUCACCUAUUCGAAAACGAUAUGAAGAGGUCAUGGCCGAAGAUGAUGGAGCUUAUAUUGACCACGUGCAGAGGAAGGGGGCCGCAAAGGCUCGUGAGAGUGCAGAAGCAACGAUGGCCAUCGUCAGAGAAGCAGUUGGCUUGUACUAACUAUCUUGUACAUUAUGUAAGAAUAUAUUCCCCAUUCUAGACUGACGAACGUCCUUAGCCAAUCCAAUCUGGCACGGUGCCUCAAGGACGCUCCAUUUUGCCUCCUCCUAUAAGUACUGCCAUAGCAAUAAUCAGAAGACCCUAUCUCGAGGAUGUUCUCAAGAAGAGAAUGCCCCAUCAGACACCGCAUCUACUGAAACACAGCCUGGACAUUUGUGAAUGAGGAUUACUCUCAGGUCAAAUUCUACGAAUUCUUCAAAGACAAGAGGCUCUGAAGUCAUCAAACUUUUUUUUGCAUUCGAUAUCGUUUAUAUCCGCAGCCUUUACUGCCGGCUAAUAGCUACUACUCGCGGAUAUGGGCUGGCCUUGAGAACAAGAUGCGGAUUGUAGGUGAAAUGGAGUUGAAUGUAAUGGCAGAAAGCAGAGGGAAUGUCGAGAUCUUCAGUGCUUCCUGGAAU